CAAUGGCUGCCCAAAGGAAGAAUUAGAAAAACUCGUCCAAAAAAAAAAUUAAUUUUCGCUGAAUUUCACCGCGAAAAAUUAAAUUUUUGUGUCAUUGGUGAUGCAUUGAUAAUGCGGCUUUUGGACUUUGGCGUCUAGGAUGGAUUUAAAGCCCAUUGUAACGUGUUAUGGAGAUAAAAGUGUCUACACUCAAUUAAACCCAGAGCUAGAACGAAGGCUUCCAGAUACAGCUACAGAAUGGAGAAGGUCAUUUGGCAGGCCGCCAAAGACAGUAAAAUUAAAGGCACGGUUCGUCAACCUGCAGGAGAGUAUGCUGGUUGGAGAUAUAGAGAAGGCAUCAAGUUUACAUCGGCAGCCUUUUUUCCACAUCUAUUGGACUGAUUGCCAGGAUGUUGAUGAGUAUAGGAGUAAAGUGAAGGACAGUAUCAACGAAUGGCAGAGAAAGCUCAAAGACAGAGGCAUCGUUGACAACUUGAUUGUCCAAGUUAUUGCUCAGGAUUCUUUGAAAGGAAAUAAAUCCAAGAUACAGUUUAGAGGAUCCGUCUUUGAUAAAAUUAAGAGUGACUUUGGAGGGAAAACCAACGACAGAGUGGCCCAAUUAUGGGAACCAAUGAAAGAGAGUCAGUUUACAAAGUCAAUAGAAUCCUGGCAGAGUCUCGUGGUCAAGUUGCGACAGCUACUCUUAAUCUCUUUCAAUCGUCACCUCGGCAAGUUUGAAGACAGGGUUCGAGCAUUGAGAGAGAAGAGGACAGAGCCAAGAUGGAGUUUUACAACUUAUUUUCUUCUUCAUGAAGAGCUAGCAUUUGUUUUCGAAAUGAUGGGUCUGUAUGAGGAAGCGCUGAUACAGUAUGACGAGAUUGAUGCUCUUCUGACACAGCUGAUCAUCAAUUCUAAAUAUGGAGAGUCAUUAGCUUGCAUUGAUAUCUUCAUGCGUGAAUGCAAGUGUUGCGACGGGGCCCCAAUGAGCAGAGAACCCCAGUUGUUCCUGAGAGAGCUCAUCAAGACCCAAGAAGCAACAUUUGUUGAUCUGCGCCACUACUUGUUCGCACGCCAAUGCAAAUUGCUGCUCCAGCUGCGCAGACCUUGGGAGAUUGCACAGCGAACUCUGGACUUCUUACACAACCUUGUGCAUGAAGUAGAAAUCUUGAAGGUCAGUAUGCCAACAGGCAGUAUAGCAUGCUGCAUUGUACUGACAGUGUUGGAGGUUAUGAGAGCAUGUUUUAAGCGGUACGGGGAGGAAGACAUCAUAUACAGCCUGCAUUUUGCUCAUCUGUAUCAGUAUGCGAAACACAAGCUGGAAGAGGUUGGUCGUCAUUGUGCUCUCCUCCCACACAUGAUGCCUAGUGAGACAGAGCUGCAGGUUGUUUGUUCGUUGUUGUCUGGCAUCGGCAAAAACCAAGAAGAAGGCGAGUUAGCUUCAAACUCUCCAACCAAAAAACUUCAUGAAGCAUUAUCAUCUAAGCAUGCUUUUCAAAAGCUUUAUCUGGAAUUAACUGAGACAGCUAUCAAAAUUUUCAAAAAUAUUGGACGGACUCGUGCUGCAAAGUCUCUCGGCAUGGAGCUGGCCGAGUUCUUUAUGUGUCGUGAAGAGUAUAACCAAGCAGAGCCAUUGUUAAUGAGUGUGUAUCAGGUGUACCGCCAUGAGAGAUGGACUCUUCUUGCUACACAAGUACUCAUGAAGCUGGUUGUAUGUCAGAAGAAACUCAAAUACCUUGAUAAGUAUGCCUACUCAUGUUCCAUGUUGGCUUGUGAGUCAACUCUUCCUCCUGAAAAGAAGUCCAAGUAUGCACAAGAACUGCUGCAGCUGAUACGAGAUACUCUAGAUGUUGAGCAGCCAAUCAUUAUUCGUGCCGAGCCCCUUCUUCGAGUCAAGGAUGUUCGCAUCAAGCUUCUUAAGGGUAUUGGAAGCGUGGGCGAGCGAAUCAAGGUUGAACUUGACCUUCAAAGCGGACUACAUGAGGAAGUGACGUGUCGCCGUAUCAGUUUCAGCCUUCAUUCAUCAGACCUCAGGCGAGGCAGUAGUCUUAACUCCAGCAAAAGAUCUCUCAGGGCCAUGUCCCCUACCGUCCAGGAAAACGUUAUAUCCUCUGCAGCCAUGUCUGAAGAAGACCUCUCUGAUAAGACCAGCGAGGAUGCCAGUGACGUAGGGUCCAAUGACGAUGGGCUUGACCCUCCUCACCUAACAAGGGUUGACUCAGCCCAGUCUGUUCGUACAGAGGACCCUCCCAUGGCGAAGGAUGAGUCAGAAGCGACCCUGGAGUGCUGUAAUGUGCCUUUACUGUUUGGCAUCAAUCAUUACACUCUAACCGUCCAGGUCCCAGAGGAGGGUCAGUACUUCUUGAAGCAACUCUGUGUAGAGAUUGGCCAGCUGAACUUUGUGUGGCCACAGAUGAAUCUCACCAGGGAGGCUAGCGGAUUCUCUGUUGUAUCAGAUCCCCCUAAGAUCACCGUGUCUAGUAGUGAUCUUCUUGCCGGUCUGUCGCAGCGAGUACGCAUCACCAUCUCAGUAGGUCCAGGCUCAAUAGAACCAAACUCCAAACUCGAAAUAACAUCCAAGACAAACCUACAGCUACACCAAAUCACAUCAGGAACAGCGUACAUCUCAUCCAACCUGGAAACCAGUCCCAAAACCGAGCACCCUUAUAAGGUUACCUUCCCAUCAUUCCACGAGGGCGAUGACGUCACCUCGGCCGUUGCCAUAGUGACGCUACCUCGUUGUGGGCCUUAUGAGAAGAUGGAGUUUGAUCUGGUGGUGCUGGCGCCGUUGAGUAAGCAGAGCGAGAUGGAGGAAAUCACAGAGCAUCUGAUGAUGUUCUCUUGCAAGUGGCUUCAACCUUGUUCGUUCUCCGAGCUUGUUUGCUCGUUCAGACGGCCCUUCACUGUCAGGCAUAUCGUGCACUGCUCUAACGAGAGUCGUUUCAUUCAAACAGUAAUAGCUGGAAGGAGCCCAAUACCUUUACAUGUAGAUGCGCCUACACUCACGAUAGCCGAUUGUCCAGCGGUUACGACUACUCCGGUCCAUAACGAGGCGCCAUUCAGUCUGACUGAAGGACAAGAGAUGUCACUACUUUGGAAAGUUGAGAACAGUGAAGCAUCUUCUUCACCACAGCUUCUCGACUGCCAAUUGAAGCUGAAUUUCAGAAACAAGGUACGUCGAGGUUUCAACAAAGUUUUAGAAAGUUUGGGAGUCGUAGACUACACCCUACCCCACCCCCAUCUUCAGACCUUGUUUACGAUCCAGUCCAGGAUAGAAGCUCCAGGAUCGGACAAUAAACUCCACAAGGGAACUCUCUGUAGACUAAAUAUUACCAUCAUUAAUACCCAUGGAGCGGACCAAGUGUCCUCACCCCCCACCCCAACGGGAAAACAACAACGGGAACUCCUGUACGAAGUCGCCGUGGACACUAACUUAUGGAUAAUUUCGGGUAAGAAUAGUGGUGUAGUUGCCAUGCCGAUGGUUUUCAUGGCAACAUGUGACGUCACCCUUGACGUCAUACCUCAGACUGGAGGGUAUUUACCGUUCCCGGAUGUAAAGUUAAAAUCGUACGAAUGGCAUAACGAGGAGAAAGAAGGCGAGAAGAAAUCAGAAACUACUGAUAAGGAUUCUGAGAAAGAGUUACAAGAAAGUGGAAGUAAAAACGAUUCGGAGAAAAACCCGGAACAAACGGUGAGCGCGAAGAUUUCGCCGAAGGAACCGCCCGUUGUGAAGCCAUUUAAAUGUGGACAAGUUUACAAUGCCACACAAGCCAUUCAAGUGCUGGUGUUACCAAGCAACAAGGAAUGUUUAUGACUCAUGACGUGGUUGACAGUCACUGGAGGAAUAAGGUUGAUUGAUAGUGAUGGGAUAGGAAAAGCCAUUGUAGUGUUUGAGUAGGAACGCCCGAAAAGAUGGUGACAUUUUAAACAAUUAUGCCUUCAAUAUAGGCAGUUCUCUGGAGCUGUGAUGAGAUGAGCAAAGUUGAACAACUGAAAACCCAUUAUUAUGCUUAGAGAAUAUUCAGAAGAUGCUAAAAAAUCAGGUAUCGAUAAGCAGGAAGCCGUUGAAGUGUUAGUAAAAUAAAUGGAUAAAAAGGCACUAAAAUUAGGAGAUCGCCAAGAAGCUAUUGAAGUGUUCAUUGUGUCAAAGAUGAUAAAAUGCCAUUGCAAUGUGGUCAGGCAAAGGAGACAAAAAAGCCAUUGAAAUGCCGGAAGAAAAUUCCAAAGAAAACCAUUGCAAUGCUGGUAGGGAAAAUGAACAUAACUACAUUGAAAUGCUAUAGGAAGAAAAGGUCAAACAAAAUCAAUACAAUGAUGGUGGGCAAAAAUGAAUAAAAAAACCAUUGAAAUGUCAGGAAA